AUGUCCAAGGCCAAGUCACAGGCUUACCAGCCCCACCAAUAUUAUGGUCCACCUCCCUCGUCAGGCUCCUUUGCCUGGGGCUUCCUCCUCGGCCAACUCACCCUCGCCCUCAUCCUGUUCGUCUUCAUCAAAUUCUUCAUCUUCGGCGAAGCUCCUUCUGCCGACGAACGAGCAAACGCCCGCGCCGCUGCCCGCCGAAACCGCACGAUAUCCUUCUCUCGCCAUGCACGCGCUCUCUCCACUUCUGCCUCCCUCCUGCGACCCCGUACGGCCACAGGACCCAUGUUGAAGAGUGUUCGAACCACAGACGGAGGUCUCACAGUACAGAAGAUUCUGGAAAAGACGUAUUACAAUGUCAGAGGCCAUCAACCCGAGAGCUUGGAUUGGUUCAAUGUUCUCAUUGCGCAGACCAUAGCCCAAUUAAGGGCCGAUGCGCAAGAGGAUGAGGCUGUUCUGGACAGUUUGACGCAGGUGUUGAAUGGGCCGAGUAAACCGUCUUUCGUCGACGAUAUUCGUGUCACGGAAAUCAGUCUUGGGGAUGAGUUUCCGAUAUUCAGUAAUUGUCGGGUCAUACCUGUCGAUGCAGAAGGAAGUCCUGUCAAGGAGCUGACUGGCCAAAGAGGGGAAAGGUUGCAAGCGAGGAUGGAUGUGGAUUUGAGUGAUGUGGUUACGCUGGGGAUUGAGACGAAGUUGGUGUUGAAUUAUCCCAAGCCGUUUGUUAUGGUCUUGCCAGUUGCAUUGCAAGUCAGCGUGGUGAGAUUCAGUGGGACUCUGAGUAUGAGCUUCAGUCCGAGUAGUUCUGGGCCGGCUGGAUUUGAGCACAGUGCGAAGGAGAAAGAAAGUGGACUUGGGGAGGACAAGAAUGAUGGUCAUCCUCUAAAUCCUACUGGUCAUAGUCCCACGACCUUGACGUUCACGUUCUUGGACGACUAUCGACUGGAUUUGAGCGUGCACUCUCUGAUAGGGAGUAAAAGUCGACUACAGGACGUCCCCAAGAUUGCUCAACUGGUGGAGGGGAGGAUACAUCAAUGGUUCGACGAUCGAUGUGUAGAACCUCGGUUUCAGCAGAUCAUUCUUCCCAGCUUGUGGCCGAGGAAGAAGAAUACCAGAGGUGGCGAGGACGAUUCUGCAGUGGAUGAUACAGCGACUGCGCAGAUGGAAGGAAGUGGCGACUUAAGACCGGCGAAGACGAGGACUACAGAAGGACUCGGAACGAAACCAUCUGAACAGCAGCCUGGCAAGGUCAGUACAGGCCCCGAGACGACGGCUGAGCAGCGGACGAGAGACUGGGCGGCUCAGCAGCAGGCGGCAGAUGGUAGCAGGCCAAGUACAUCAAAUGGGAAACGGAAAGAGAUCAAAAAGGAAGAUCUCAGCGAGCUUGACCUGGCUGGGCAGGAGAUGAGAGAAGCGGACGAGCGCGAUCGAAGAAAGCAGCAAAGGCUGAAGGCUGAAAUUGGAAGAAGCCAGGAGAACUUACGCAUGCGGACGAUACGGGAGGUCUCACAUGAGGGUAUAAAGGCAAAGUCAUGAGCAGGAGCUGCAGAUCUGUGCUGAUUAGCGAGGCGUUGGAGGGAGCGUCUGGGGCAUUUGCAAGACGUGUCGCUGGGGUGGCAAAAUGAAAUUGGACUGGGAGUCCAGCUGUCAUACGUUUGAAAAUCGGACAGUUUCUGGGGUCGCAAAUAAGAGCGUGAAGACCACCGGUCGCCAUCCUUCUGCGCCCGGAACUACCUUCGCAAGAGCCGCGUGAUUACAGACCGCAUACUUGCACAUAUCAUGUCUCGCCUGCAGUAGUUUGAGCAAUCUUCUCCUGCCAGUAUUGGAGACACUAACAAUCAGCUGAAUAUGAGCUAGGGAAAAAAUGGCCAACAUGUCUCACUCCCCACCCGACUGUUGGGUGGUAGCUGCAGUAUAAAGGAUGCCGUAUCUGCUUCUCGAAAUUCAGACCCUCAUGUACAAGACGAUCGAUGGCCAUCAGACAUGCCAUAUUCUCAGU